AAUUCGUCGGGCCUCAUUCUUCCGCACCGCGACCGCCGAGGCCGAAGCUCCGCUCCUUAAAAAACCCCUAAAAAGGCAUAAAAACCUCAAAAAUGUCCGACGAAGGUAAACUGUUCAUCGGAGGCUUGAGCUUCGACACCGACGAAGACUCUCUGGCCGCCGCCUUCGGCAAAUACGGCAGCAUCGAGAAGGUGGACGUGAUCCGGGACCGGGAGACCGGGAGAUCCCGCGGCUUCGGCUUCGUCAAAUACGACAACGUGGACGACGCUAAAGACGCGCUCGACGCCAUGAACGGACAGACCCUGGACGGCCGCUCCAUCCGAGUGGACGAGGCGGGCAAGAGCCGCGGCGGAUUCAGCGGAGGACGCGGCGGGAGGGGAGGCGGCGGCCGUGGCUUCUCCAGAGGAGGCUACAGCGAUGGCGGCGGCUAUGGUGGAAGAAGCUACGGUGACAGGAGCUACGGCGGCAGCGACAGGAGUUACGGCGGCGGCAGCGGUGGCGGCUACAGAAGCGGCGGAUAUUCAUCCGGCUACAGAGACGACCGCCAGGGAGGCUACGGUGGUGGGCGCUCCGGCUCCUACAGAGGCGGAUACGACGAGUAAACAUCUCCCCGAUUCAAGAUCAUCACCUGGCUGGAUGUAUAUGAAAGAUGCACACCUCAAGAAAAAUGUCCACGUCAAGAAUAUUUUCAGAACAUUUUUAAGCUUCUGUGAAACCUGUAAAAGUCCCAUUUUUGCGAAUACGAAUACAGCAGCCUUCCAAAUAGUUCACUGAUGGACAAUUUAAAUGCUUGCUGAAUGCUCACUUCCCCCCACAUUCCUUUUAACAAUGAGAGUUGAUGGGACUACUUUUUUUUUGUCUGAGCUACCUCCUGCCUGAUUUUUAGAUUGAUGGAGAUGCUAAUAGACUUUUGGGGGGCUGCUGUUAAGGCCCUUGAACUAUUAAGAGAACCUUAGAUUAGCCAAGGCUCCUUUUUUAUGUUCAAUUUCCCAAAAGAGUGAAUUCCUUUCAGACUGAACUACAUCCGAAGUGUCCGACUGUUCCUGAAGCUGCAAAAUGCAGCAUGCUACAGUCUGUCCACGGUGUCUUCUGUGCUCUGCUCAUCUGCAUUUUAAAUGUGCUGUAAAAUGGACCAAUCUUGUCAAGUGAUCUCGAAAUGGAACUUCCUUUGCCCAAAUUAAAAUCUAAACCGUUUUGUACUUUAUGUUCUUUGUAUGAUUCAAGCCUAUUAAAACAACUAUGGGGGAAAAAAAUAA